AUGGAGGGCCGGGAAGAAACCCCAAAUGAAAAUGGUGAGAACGAGUGCCCCACACAAAAUGAAGAGGGCAAAGGGGAGCAGGAAGAGGAAGGAGGGACAGAUGAAGAGAUGGUGUUCAAUGAAGGCAUGGAGGAUUGGAACGGAUUUAUUUCAGGGGGAAGAGCUUUGGGUGAAGCAGAGGAAGGGGAGGUGGUCACUGAAUGGAAACCUGGUGAACCAGUGACCCCACAGCAUGUCUUAUGGCUGAACAGUUACGCUCAGGAGUACCUGUGUUCACCAGAGGACAACAUCUACAAUGUCAACUUCUCUCGCUUCAAGAUCAGGGAUCUGGGCAGUGGAGCAGUCAUCCUUGAUAUCAAAAAACACGGUCCAACAGAAAUUCAAGACGUCAUUGACCUUGAUACCAACAGAUUCAUCCAGUAUCAUUUCUCUCCUGCGUUCCUGUCCCUUAGAGAGAUCGGAGCUACGUUGGAGUUCACAGUCGGCAGCAAGGCACUGAACCGCUUCCAUCUGAUUGAGAGGCAUUUUUUCAGAAACCUCCUGCUCAAAACCUUUGACUUCGAGAUUGGCUUCUGCAUCCCACACAGCAGAAACACCUGUGAGCACAUCUACAGCUUACCUGAGCUGGAACCAGAGAUAGUUGAGGAAAUGAUUUCCAGCCCGUUUGAGACAUGCUCAGACAGUUUUUACUUUGUCAGUAACAAGCUGAUCAUGCAUCACAAAGCGGAGUACUCCUUCAGCCUGCAAAGAGAGAGCGACAGUUUUAGGGAACAGGGAAACUGUCAGUGA